AUGAAUGCACCGCAGUCCGCAGCUCUGCAGGCGCCCAGCCGCAGCCAGAGCCCGGACCACCACCGCAUCAUGCAGCCUCCAUCCAGCCUCCAUCCUGCCAUCAUGCAGCCUCCAUCGUGCCUCCAACCUGCCUCUGUUCAGCCUCCAUCCAGCCUCCAUCCUGUGUCUGUAGAGCCUCCAUUCAUCUUCCAUUUAUCCUCCAUCCAGCCCCAUCCUACCUCCAACCUGCCUCUGUCAGCCUCCAUCCUGCCUCCAUUCAUCCCUCAUCCAGCCUCCAUCAUGCUUUCACCCUCCUUCCAACCUGCCUCCAUUCAGCCUCCAUCCUACCUCCAACCUGCCUCCAUCUAG